AUGGCAAAAGAGGAGGAGAGAAAUGAAAAUAUGCACAAAAGUUCACAGAAGUGCCUCAGCAUAGCCCGCCUGGACAAGACCGAGCUCAGGGACCACUUGGACGCCAUGGACUCCAACCUGGGCGACCUGCAGACCAAGCCGACUAGCCACGACUUCAGCGUGGACACCAGUGCCCUGCCGGACCUGUUCGGCCCCUCGGUGACAUUGCCCGACAGGAGUCUGCCUGACCUUGACAGCAACCUGGCCCGCGAGACCCCCAGGCCUCGCGAGGCAGAGAGCAGCAGCCCUGACUUGGGGAAGCAGCUCCUGCUGGACCCGGGCUCCGUGGACGUGCGGGGCAGUGCCCUGCCGGUGCUCUUAGAGCUGGGGGAGGGCUCCUGCUUCUCACAGGAGGACAACCACGCUGAUGACCCCACCAUCUCCCUGCUGAUGGGCUCUGAGCCCCCCAAAGCAAGGGACCCCACUGUGUCCUAG